UCCUGUGCAGCGCUCGCCCGCCCCCUUCCGGCCGCUCCGGCGGGGUGCUGCGCGAGGGCGAGGCCCCCGAUCCCUUCCGGUGUUCGCGUUUCUCAACUCCACCCCAGAUCUCAGUGGGACCCCAGGCUCACCCUAACCCGACCCUGGGUGGCUGACCCCCAGCGCCGAUCGCCAGGGCGCCGGCCCUAUUUCCGGGCAAGAGAAUGGUCCCUCCCCGCUCCCGGCCGUGCGGAACCACAGGCGUACACCCGGUUUUCAGCGAGUCGCUAAGGGAAGAGCACUUCCAGGCGCUGGAACGCGCUGCGGAGGCCCGCCAGCCAUGUGCUGCCGCUUCCGGGGUCGUUCGUGGGUCCUCUUCCGGGGCGGGGCCUGCACCCCGUGGCCUGGAGCUAGCUGCGUAGGUGCAGGUGCAGCUGCGGCGCGCGGGACGCACAGGGAUGAAGGCGAAGGCCCUGGCCUCCGAGCGUGCCGCGAGCAUCCUCGCCGCUCAGCCGGGUGCUGUCGGGAAGCUCGCGCGGAAGAGAAGCAAGAAGAGGUUCUGGAAGAGCAAAGCGCGAGAAGGAAGCAGCACGCCGGGAAGCGUCCCCAGAGUGGCCGUGGGGCGGCCUCCCAAGGCCCCCGAAGACUUUUCUCAAAACUGGAAGGCGCUGAGGGAGCUGCUGAAGCAAACAUCACAAACCCCAGAAAAGCCUGUUGUCUCUCAGAUGGAUCCAAAAAAGCAGCCUCACCUUAACCAACAGAACAGAAAAGAGACCUCAGCUAAAGUCAAGGGAGAGGAGAUGCCAACAAAAAAAGACCAGGAGGCCACAAGGGGCUCUGUUCCCUCUGGAUCUAGGAGGGAAAGGAUUGUGCCAGUACCUCCCACAGAGGCCAAGGGAGCAGAGCAUAAGAAAGGAGCCAAGAAAAGGACAAAUGGUGACGUUUCUUUGAAACAAGGGAACAUCAAGCAUAAGAAGCGGAAAGCUAAGGAAGCAGCCGUGGCCUCAGCUCCAGCCCUGCCCACUGAGGAAGACAUCUGGUUUGAUGAUGUUGAUCCAGCAGAUAUCGAAGCUGCUAUAGGCCCAGAGGCAGCCAGGAUAGCAAGGAGGCAGCUGGGCCAGAGGGAGAGCAGCACCACCCUGGUGAAGGAACAGGCCUUCCACGGCCUGACAAGAGCCUUGGCCCUGGAUUGUGAGAUGGUGGGCGUGGGCCCCAAGGGGGAGGAGAGCAUCGUGGCCCGCGUGUCCCUCGUGAACCAGUAUGGGAAGUGCGUUUAUGACAAGUACGUGAAGCCCACCGAGCCCGUGACAGACUACAGGACAGCGGUCAGUGGGAUUCGGCCCGAGAAGCUCAAGCAGGGAGAAGAGCUUGAGGUUGUGCAGAGGGAAGUGGCAGAAAUGCUCAAGGGCAGAAUCCUGGUGGGGCACGCGCUUCACAAUGAUUUAAAGGUGCUGUUUCUUGAUCAUCCAAAAAAGAAAAUCCGGGACACCCAGAAAUACAAACCUUUCAAGAGUCAAGUAAAGAGUGGAAGGCCAUCUCUGAAACUACUUUCUGAGAAAAUCCUGGGCAUCAGGGUCCAGCAGGCAGAGCACUGUUCGGUGAGGGGUUCACUGAUGGUGGGUGGCUCUGUGUGUCACACAGUCACCACUGGCAUGAGUGCUCCUUCCAGAUCCAGGAUGCCCAGGCAGCAAUGAGGCUCUACGUCAUGGUGAAGAGGGAGUGGGAGAACACUGCAGGAGACAGGCACCCCCCGGCCUCUGCCCCAGACAGCUGCAAUGAGAACUCCUAGCCUGCUGCCUAUUGCCGCCGCCCCACCCUCCAUCCUGUCAAGCACCUCCGUCCAGUGUCAGUGGAGACCAGAUCAUGGGACCAGUGGAGUCAGGGGUGAAUUGUGUUCAAAGCCAGAACCAUGGGGCUUCCUUCUCCCUCUGGCCUCUGCAGAGGGAAGAGGAAGAAUGGGAUGUCUGGGCUGUCCCUGAAGACCUGACUGCCCUGGGUGCUCAGCUCCUUCCUCAGGGGAGGCCACUGCCUCUCCAUCGUUGUGGGUGAUGGAUAUAGGCUUUGCUGGCCCCAGUUCAAACCCUGUCUGCAGGUGGCUGCUAACUGCAGCUGAGUAGCACAGCAGCUGCCCCACCAGCACUUGCCUGAGGCCGUUGGACAUGGAGAAGGGCUUCCUGGAGGUGGGGUCCUGUUUUUCACCUGUUUACCUCAGUUGGCCAGCAUCCAGCAGACCAGCAGAGGCUUCUCCCCAUGGCCAGUCAUGUGAGACUCGGGACACACGUUUCUAUUCCUGAAGCUCCCUGCCAACCUUGGGCAGCCAAGCUGGCCAGUCUGUGAGCACCUAUGGGCCAGCCUGCGGUCUUCAGGCCAGGCUCAGGUCUGAGGAUCUCUCUGGGAACUGAUCGGGAGUGGAGUGCACCAAGCCCAGGGCUUCAUCAGGCCGUCUGAUAGCUGUGUGGACAGUGUGCACCCACAGAGGACAUUGCUGGCACAGAGGCAGAUGCUCACCUCACAUGGAGUUUGUGGGGCUGGGUUGGCUCAGUGGUGGGCACUCACCUCCCCUGCGUGGGCCAGGCCUGCCCCAGCACCAUGUGACAAUAAACAAAUGAAGCUUG